AUGUUGUUGACAUCCCUAGUGAAGUAGACGUAUAUACACUUUUUGUAUAUUGGGCAAUUUAAAUUUACGAAAUAAUGAAAUUAUUUUGAAAAAAACAUCCGAUUAUGCACUUUAUAAAGACUACUGAAAAAUAACCGGUUACAUACAAUAUUUAAAAUUGCAUUCUUUAUGGUUCUGAGUUCUGUACGUAAUUUGUUAUAAGCCUGAGCCGUAUUAGAGAUAAAAAUGGAAGGAUUUGAUGUGUCAGAUAAAAGCAGAUGGUACUUUGGUCCCAUGUCCCGACAAGAUGCUACAGAAGUCUUGAUGAACGAGCGUGAAAGAGGGGUAUUUUUAGUUCGCGACAGUAACUCGAUAGCAGGGGAUUAUGUACUUUGUGUACGAGAAGAUACAAAAGUUAGCAACUACAUCAUUAACAAAGUUCAACAACAGGAUCACAUCGUUUACCGCAUUGGGGAUCAAUCGUUCGAUAAUCUACCGAAACUAUUGACUUUUUAUACACUUCAUUACUUGGAUACAACGCCUCUAAGACGACCGGCCCUUAAAAAGAUGGAAAAAGUAAUAGGAAAAUUCGAUUUUGUUGGCAGCGACCAAGAUGACUUGCCAUUUCAAAAAGGUGAAGUUCUCACAGUAGUUCGAAAAGACGAAGAUCAGUGGUGGACUGCUCGUAAUUCAUCGGGAAAAAUUGGGCAAAUACCAGUUCCUUAUAUUACGCCUGGUUCGGAUUGCGAUUCUUCGAACUUUAAAGGCGAUGAGUCUGGGACCACACUAAAAAGGACAGAUUUAAAUCGCAAACUUCCUGCAUAUGCCCGAGUAAAACAGUCUAGGGUUCCCAACGCCUAUGAUAAGACUGCAUUGAAAUUGGAAAUCGGUGAUAUUAUUAAAGUCACGAAAACUAAUAUUAAUGGACAAUGGGAGGGGGAACUAAAUGGGAGAAAUGGUCACUUUCCAUUCACGCACGUUGAAUUUGUCGAUGAUUGUGAUUAAUGAAUCUUAUUCUCUAUAAUUUUAAUUUGUAAGUUAAAUGUAUUAAACCUAAGUUGUGCAAACCAAUUGUUAUCAUAAUCAAAAAAUUAAAUAAACAUUAAAUGAGUUUAGAAAA